AUGGAAUCAUUCAUCACCUGGUUUCAAUCUCAUGGCGGCUUCAUCGAUAGUUCAGUGAUGGAUGUGGUAGAUUUUCCUGGACAGGGCCGCGGUGCGAUCGCCGUUUCUGAUAUUCCGGAAGGCCAUACCUUGUUUACCCUCCCUCGCUCUCUGACCCUUUCAACCCGAACAUCGUACCUGCCUUCUAACAUGGGCGCGGAAAGUUGGAAAAAAUUCAAACUGGAUGAGGGAUGGGCUGGGCUGAUUCUUUGCAUGAUGUGGGAAGAGGCACAGGAAUCAAAGUCGAAAUGGUCGGAAUAUCUCGCUUCAUUGCCGUCAUCCUUUACAACGCCCAUGUUCUGGAGCUCAGAAGACCUGUUUGAGCUAAGAGGCACUGCUGUGGUAGAUAAAAUAGGCAGAGAAGAUGCCGAAAGGGACUAUUAUGAUAAACUAUUGCCUGCAAUACAGAGCCGCCUAGAUUUAUUUCCUCCUACCCUUAUCGAUCAACACUACUCCCUCGCAAAAUACCAUGUCAUGGGAAGUCGUAUCCUUUCCCGGAGCUUCCAAGUCGAGAAAUGGGAUGGACCAGCCAGCGGCGAACAUGACGCUAAUGUCAGUUCCGAUAGUACUGCGAUGGAAGUAGAUGGCGAAGUCUCAGUUACUCAAGUUCACGGAGAUUACAAUGAUGAUGAAGAUAUUUCCCGUGAUAUAGAUGACGGAAGUAGCGACGACGAUGACGACGAAACAGAAGAUCCCAGUGAUGUGGCCAUGGUUCCAAUUGCAGAUUUAUUGAAUGCACGAUACGGAUCGGAGAAUGCUAAAUUAUUUUACGAGGAAAGGCACCUGAGAAUGAUAUCUACGAAACCUAUCAUGGCAGGAGAACAGAUAUGGAAUACCUACGGGGAUCUUCCAAACUCUGAUUUAUUGCGUCGGUAUGGUCAUGUGGACCUAGUUUCGUUACCUGAAGGAGGAGAGGGUAACCCCGCAGAUGUGAUUGAAAUCCGCGCUGACCUGGUAGUUUCGGCUGUGUCUCAACUGAGCGGUACUUUGACUUCCGAUUCGAAUCAGACUCGAAUCGACUGGUGGUUAGAAGAAGGUGGUGAUGAUGUCUUUACUGUGGAAACUGACUUGGUUAUUCCUGAAGCCCUGAUCUCGCUUCUACGUACACUACUCCUUUCGGAGGCAGAUUGGGAGAAAGCUAGAAACAAGUCGAAACCACCAAAAGGGAAGCUUGACAACCCGCAGGUUAUAUCCUUAGUCACUGCGGUAUUCCAUCAACGGCUGAAUGCAUAUCCUACAACACUUGAGGCAAAUGACGAGCUGCUUCGCCAAGAUCUUUCUCUCAACAAACGCCACGCAAUCAUGGUGCGCUGCGGAGAAAAGAAAAUUCUGACAGGUGUUAUCAAAAACCUACGGCUGAUGGAAGAGUCCCUAUCAGGUGAGGAGAAGGAUAAAAAGAAGAAGCGGACACUGGGAGACGAGCACGGAGGAAAGCAGAGGUCUAAAAGGGUAAAACGGUGA